GAAAUUAUCGAAAGCACUGAAAUUGUAAACAUACAAAUCAUUAGCCUUUGUUUGUAUCUUUUCUAAAUUAAAAUUGUAUUUCGACAAGACAAUUUGAUUCUUCGCCAUCAUGAGCUGCUUUGGCUGCAGCCGAAAAUAUGGACUAUUCAGCAAGGAGUAUGGGUGUCCCAACUGCGGCUUCUCCUACUGCUCCAAGUGUCUGAAGAGGCCAAUGCCAGUGCCUCGGUUCGCAGGGAAGGUGUUGAACGUCUGCUUAAUUUGCUACGAUAAACUGUCCAAACUGCAGACUAAUGUCGAUCAGGAUAAAGUCAUUGACUGCGAUGCAUUGCCGGGGGAACUUGUUACCAAAAUGCGCCUGCCAAACCCCUUAAAUGGCUCCACCCGGUUGGAACUCGACAAGGCAGACGAACUCUUCGACAAUGUUUCGCCGCCGGAGGAACUGGCUGGCGUAAUGGCACCCAUAAGCCCCACAGCUCAUUCCACAAAUGAAGAUAUUGACGAAAAUUUGGAUAGUGCCAUGGCAAAACGGUUGCAGAAUCUUAGAGAUGUGGAUGCAACUGACGAUGAAAUUCGGGCGCGUCUUUCCAACAUAAGCGGCAUUCCGCAUCAUAAGAACUACGACAAAAAGGAUAUUCUGCUCUCCACGGACCAAAGAAGUGAUCAGGACAAAAUCAAAGAUUUGCUGCAUCAGUUCAUGGACGAAACGGAGCUGGACCAAAAAGUUGACAACCAACGUAACGAUGCAAUUUCCGACAUUGAACGACGUUUGCGUGCCCUGCGGGAUAACCCAAUCGGUGAUGAAGCAGGCGGGGCUGGCGGUGCAGAGCUAUCGACUUUAAAUACUCCCAGCGAUAACGAGGAUGAUGAGAAGACCUUAAAAAAUAUAAUCAAAAAGUACGUUGCAGAAUCAAGUUUGCCAACUGAGAACAGUGGCCGUGAUGAUGGCGUCGAGGGGGAUAUGGCCAAAAAUAGCAAUACUGAGGAGCUGCCUUGGUGUCAUAUUUGUAACGAGGAUGCCGUCUUCCGUUGCCGGGGAUGCGAUGGCGACCUGUUCUGCUCCCAGUGCUAUAGAGAGUACCACGACGAUGAUGAGGAGUAUCGAGCGCAUGUUAAAGUCAAGUAUGAUUCGCCGCCUAAAUUUACUGAAAACCACUUCUAGUUCGCUGUCUUGGUGCAUUGUUUUUUAUGUUUAAGUUUAUUUUCUCUGCUAAGAAUCAAAAAGAUUUUGCAAAUGCAAUAAAUAUUAAUCAAAGUC